UAAUUAAUUUGUUUUAUGAUAACAAUAUAGUAUCACAAAGGACAAACUCGGCACUCGUUUGGGUGAUAGGAUCAGAUUCUGUGAGACUGGAAGCGUGUACUGUGAAUCACAUUACAAUAUCGUGAUUUAAGUGAUUCGACGUUUUGACACACCUUACUCCUAGUUAUAAAUUAGUCCUUUAACGAAUUUGUCAUAUUUCAAGUUUUGUAUUUACUACAUUAUUUAUGAUCUCAAAAUCUUAUCUCUGCCUUUUAAACAGACACAGCUUCACUUUUCUUAGAGCAACCGCGGCACGUACCGGAAGCCACCCGUGGACCGUACCUCGUUAUUGCGCGACCGGCCAACGGAACAUGGCGACACUGCCGGAAGUCGUCUCGACGUUGAAGAAGAUGGCGCCGCUGUCCCUUGCGGAGUCUUGGGACAAUGUCGGUUUGUUGGUGGAACCGGACGUCCGGAAAUCUGUCAGCCGCGUUUUCCUCACCAACGAUCUCACCGAGGACGUGCUGGAGGAAGCCGUGAGCGUUGACGCCGAUCUCAUCGUUUCCUACCAUCCGCCGGUGUUCGCUCCGUUCAAAAGAAUUACUUCGGACGCCUGGAAGAGUCGUAUCGUAAGCCGUUGUCUUGGCCGAGGAAUCGCAAUAUAUUCCCCUCAUACUUCAUGGGAUGCCGUAGAAAAUGGUUUAACCGAUUGGUUGAUAAGUUGUUUUGACGGUGUGGUGUCUACAAUACAACCGCUGAGCAUAAAUCCAGAAUUUAGCCACGUCGUUACUUUAUCGGCGUCACGGAGCGAUAAUACUCCUUUGGGUGGAAAAGAAAUCAUAACCAUCGUGGAAUCAUCAGAAUUUUUUGCCGGCGUACACUUCAAAAUUAUAAGCCACAACGAUUCUCAACUUCAACUGUUAUGCAAUUCGAGUUCUCUAGUGACGCUGGAUAAAGUUGCUAAGUCUUCAAAAUGCAACCUUUUUUUUCACGCCAACAAAAAUGAAUCGUUGCCGUCGUGUUCUACGGGCUCCGGUCGCCGUUGUCAAUUUAAACACGGACUGACCAUCAGUGCUGCCGUUGAAAAGAUCAAACGUCAUUUAGGCGUCGACAAUUUAAUGAUAGCUCUAGCCAGAGGAUCGACAUUAGAAUCGACGAUCUGCUCGGCCGCGGCGGUGGCCGGUUCGGGUGCGUCCGUUUUGCGCGGCUGCGACGCCUGCUUGUACUUGACCGGCGAAAUGUCUCACCACGACGUGCUGGACGCCGUGCACAACGGGGUGACGGUUGUGCUGGCCAAUCACAGCAACACCGAGCGGAGCUACCUGAACGUGUUCGCCCACCGACUGCUGGCGGAGAUGCCCCAGUUGAACGUUCACGUUUCGAAAGUCGACCGAGAUCCGUUGGUGUUUGUUUGAACACCAUAAAUAAUAUUACAUUGUACAUUAUAAUAAUAUACAAACGUACACGAUA